GAUAACCUCUAGGCCCUGGUCUAAUAAAACCCCAGAGGGUUAAAAUCGCUGUUCUCUCUCUCUCACCUCACAGAGAAGUCAUCGGCGAGAGAAGCGUAGUCCAUCUCUCCGUCUCUGCUGCCGCUCUUGUUACCCUCUAUUCGCGACCGUAGAAGGCUUAAAUCAGCUAGCCAAUGGCAUCAAAGUUGUUACAGUUGCAGUCCAAGGCAAGUCAAGCGUCACAGUUUGUAGCCAAACACGGAACUGCUUACUACAAACAGUUGUUGGAACAGAAUAAGCAAUACAUUCAGGAACCAGCCACAGUGGAGAAAUGCAACGAAUUAUCAAAGCAGUUGUUUUACACUCGUCUUGCGAGUAUUCCUGGCCGCAAUGAGGCAUUCUGGAAGGAACUUGACUAUGUCAAGAAUUUGUGGAAGAACAGGCAGGAAUUGAAGGUUGAGGAUGCUGGCAUUGCUGCUUUGUUCGGACUAGAGUGCUUUGCGUGGUAUUGUGCCGGUGAGAUUGUGGGAAGGGGAUUUACUUUCACCGGUUACUAUGUUUGAGGACCACCCAAUAAAAUUGGGGGAGGAUUGAAUUUGUAAGCUUCACAUAAUCACAUGUCAUUUGCAUGACUUGACCGCAAUCUUGAGAUGCAAAAUUUUUGUUUCAGGUUGUUCUAUUGUUAGAAGUCAUUGGCAUCAUGAAUUAUGACAUUGCUACAGUAAAGGUUUCUUUUGAUAAUCGAUGUCUGCUAAUGGCGUUGACAAAGAAUACUAGAAUAAAGAAUGAUGUCAAACCAAA